CUAUGGUGUGUUCAUCGAUGUCGCGUUGCCCUUGACUCCCUCCUAAAAUAAUUACUGUUUUAUAAAAUAUUUCGUAUUAUAAAUGACAAUUACUUGCAGUGUAUUUAUUUAAUAGUGAUACGUGUUUUAAACAGUGAGGAAAACCUGGACUUGAUUACAUUUUUGGUAAAUUUGUGAAGCGUCACCUGACCGGACUCAUUGUCAUUUCCCGCCAUUGUGAUUUUUGUGGACAAUAAUUCGUAAUAUUUGCCAGAUCCUUUCAGCUUUGCACAAAUAAUUGUUCAAAACCUAUAUUAAAUGAACCUGAGUUAUGUCAUUACACGGUAAUGAUGUUUGCUUGCUAGAAGUGGAAGAUUACAAUUUGUACGAAGAAGAGGCAUCUGAUCACGCUUUUACCAGGAGUGAAAAACAUUCUUCAGGUGGAAGCAAAACCAUGGAGGCAGAAAAAAGAAUCCGCCGAGAGAUAGCUAACAGCAAUGAGAGACGACGCAUGCAAAGCAUCAAUGCUGGUUUUCAGGCUUUACGAACACUUCUACCCCGACACGAAGGAGAAAAACUCAGCAAGGCUGCUAUUUUGCAGCAGACUGCUGAAUACAUUUACUCAUUGGAGCAGGAGAAAACAAGGCUACUAUCUCAGAAUUGUCAGUUGAAGAGAUUACUCAAUCAACACGAAGGUGGUGAAAUACCAUUAAAGAAAAGAAAAAGCGAUAUCCUUACACAUGUUCCCACUAUAAUUCCUGAUUCUACUGAAGAUACUAUCACCAAUUCUAAGUCGCCCGAACCUGUGGCCGUCAUAACAGUAUCUAGUGCACCCCAAAAGAAAGAAGCCGAAGGCAGCGACGUGCGUGUGCAACUAGAGAGAGAACGCUUACUGAGGCGACUUCUGGAGGAGCGUCUGCACAAACUGGAAACACAGAUGUACCCUGAGGGCAGAGAACAGCUCCCCCAUCCCGCGAUCCAUUACGAGCAGACAAACGUCACAGAGUGUAAAACGGAGACGGACGAAGCGAAGGUGAUAUCUGUCGCCGCCGUAGCCGCCGUAGCCACCGUAGCCACUGUAGCCACCGUGGCUGCGGUCGAGCCCCCAACGGCCGCACCAUUAUUGGAAGCCGCUAUCAAAGCGGAACCACGGGUGGACGUGGAAAUGCUCCCUGAAGCCAAUCAGGAACCGCCUUCGCGCCUCUACACGCCGAACACGAGCCGCCAAAACUUAGAAACGAUAGUGGAGGCGAUCCGCCACCUGGAAGGCGACCACCUGUUCCGCGAGGCGGGCGAGGCGCCGUUAGCCCUCACUAAGAAAGAGCGCGCGCCGGCGCGGCCCGGUGUCAUCAUCGUCAAGCACUCGUGAUCGCGCUGAGCGCAUCUUGGACACUGCUUGCGUAUGCCCCGCGAGCCCUCCUAACCCUCCUCGAAUAUAGUUUUAACUUUUAAUUGUUUAGUUGUCUUUUCCAAAGUGACGAAUCGAUAAGUCUGCGUUUAUGUUUAUUUUUUACGCCGAGACGGAGAUCGAGGAAGAUUAGAAUGUAACCGGACGCGUUUGUCGCAUACGUCGUUCGGCGCUGUGCUUAGGUUUAGUCUCAAAUUUGUUUUUAUGUUGAAUGGUUAGUUUGUUGCGUGAGCUUCGAUCGGCCGGCGAUCGAGAGCGACUGAUUCGGGUAAGAUAGCGGAUGUGUUGUGGAGUGUGCCGCGUGCCAAUAAAGUUAUUGAUGUCUUUGGCGGAGGCGGGUGCCGGCUUGAAAAUAAUAGAUAAUUUUAAGAAAUGUCUUGAGUAAAAUUAAAGCUUAAAUUAAGUUUUGUGAUAUCUUUUGUAAUAUCUAUUUAAUUAGAACUUGAGACAUUGACAUCAUGGAAGCAAUCCUUAAAGAUUGAUAGAAAAUAAUAAUUGUUUGUAAUAUAAUGUGGCAGCAAUAUUUUUCAUGUGAUUAUAUUAUAUUAUAAUCAUCCUUUAAGGUUUUAAGUCAAAUGUAGAAGGCAUCAACAGAUAGUUUUGUGAAGGCAUGCGGCCGCAAGACAUCAUUGUACAUUUACUCAAUGUUUUGUGUUUAUUUUAAUUAUGUAUUAAAUGUUCUAUAAUUUCUCACAUGCCUAGACAAUGUAGAAGAUGCCAAUUGAAAAAGUGGCACAUCAUGAUAAAUUGAGAAUUAUUCUUUUAUUAAAAACCAGUGUUUGCUUUAUUUAGUAGUUACUAAAUUUCCAGUGGAUUAUGCUUAUUAAUCAUAAUUGACAUUAGAAAAUUAUUGGCAAAUUGAUAUUACUCAUUAUUAAUAGAAAUCAGGAUUUAGAGCAUUCCAUAUUUAUGGAUGUAUGUGACUAUAGUUAAUUACUUAAUGAGUUAUUAAAUUAAAACUGAAUAGUAUAAUUAAUUAUGUAUUGCUUAAGAUGUAAGCAUUUUCAUAAAACCUCUUAAUAAUAAUUAGGAAUCAUGAACAGUUAAAUAGUUCAUACUUACUCGCCGUGUAUAACUGCAUAUAAAAGUAUUUCAAAUGGUAUGUUGAAAUUGAGGCAUAGAGAAAAUGUUAAGUCUAAUUGAUGAUGUAAUCAUCAAACCCUGAGAUUUCGCGGUAGUGAAUUUUUCACUAUUUAGAAAUUUUAGAUAUGGAUUUGUCAUUGAUCCAUAAAUUAGGUAAUGAAAAUCUUAACAGUGAUUUAAUUAUUGUUCGCUCUAAUGUGGUGUUUUUUUGUUAAUACUUUUACCAGCCAUGCUUUUGUUAAUAUUGUCGUCUCUCAUAAGUUUGAAAUAUAAUUGUGUUAAGUUGACUCAGCAACAGAGUGAAUCAAGCCAUAUAUUAUAUACAGAGACAGUGUCGCUAAGCGCGAACAUACAUUUUUAAGACUGAUCAUUUAUUCAUUACUAAGUUAUGCUAGGUGAGCCACCAUUAUUGGUAGGUAGUCUAAGUGUGUGUGCGUGUGUUACAUUAAUGUAAUUAUUUAUGUGUAUGUAUGACGAUAUAUAUGUAGUUAUAUUAAGUGUUGACAUGUUCUGAUAGUCUCACAAAGAUUCUACAGAUAUACCUAAAAAAUUGUAGUUGCACUACAUAUAUUUCAAAAAACAUUUUUUGUAUUUCAAGUAAAAGGAAAAAUAGAAUCUUUCUGGGGCGCUUAGUUUUGUCGUGUUAGAAUUAGGUGUGUCAUGGUGGGAUGCAAGCAUUGUACUAUUUAUUUUGCAUUUGUCCAUCACAAUCAAAUAAUUACAAAUUUAAAGUUUUAAAUUCAAUAUCACCUAUUAAACAUUAUAUAAUUCCAACAUACAGUUAAAGUUAAAUUAAUAACAUUGACUUUACACGCAAUUGGUAAAGUGCCUUAUCUUUACAACUCUAUCUGAAAAGAUAUCAUCAGCCAGAACAUAAAUUGUCACAGGCCUUUCCUAUGGAUAGAAUAGGGAUAUGAAGAGAUGUAUAAUAAGAUGGACCUGAAAUAAUAAUAUUGUUAAAGCCGUUACUGAAUAUCUGACUGUCGAACCACUUGAUAAACAUAGGUUUCCCGUAAUCCGGCUCGAAGGACCACUGAUUGUUUACGGCGAAAUAGGAAAACGCACUUAGUAUCACUGAAUUUAAUAAAAAUUAUAGUUACAAACUGCUUCGAAAAUUUAAUGCAAAAAAGAAACCAAUAUUAUUUGCAGAAGCCGCGAUAGGCGCGUCGCGUCUAUAUUUUAAAAUCGAACGCGCAAAAAGAAAUACAUAAUAAAAACAAACUAUGCAAGGAGAUCGGUCUGUCGCCUACUCGACUCGCAGCGUAUUUUAGAUUGUAUUUGAUGUGCGUGGUGUCAACAGUGAAAAGAAAUUCUAAAGGACGAUGAUGCCUGUAGCACACUACCGCUGCGAAACUCGAAGGUCGAAACCACAACGGUUUCGCUGUGAGUUUUAAGUUCUUUGGCUUCGAAAGGAGCGAAAUUACCUGCUCUGACGUACGAAACUGACUAUGAUGCUGUCUCUUUCUAAAAUAAUUUCGCUCAUUUAGCAGGUCCGCGUGUGAUUUGGAUGCGUCUGUAGCAAUCGAAAAGAGCAAGAUAGGAGAAAUUUACCUUAAACCAUAAAUAAGCAGUGAGAAAUAGACCAGUAGUAAUAACUGUAGCUCUUUGCAUAAUCGAUUUUCUCACAACUUCUUUAUUUUUUAUUGAAAUCAUGCAUCCAGACACUACGCCUUUUUAAGUUUUUGACCACAGCAAGAUUAUUUAUUCCUCUGACUCCGAAAGCGACAUUUUAUUUCGGUUGGUAUUUCUCAACUGUUCUUUUAGUUUUCGCUAAUAUACUUUCGUAAGUGAAGUGCUGUUACUCGGCGAAACUCGAGCAGCGGUUCAAGGGCGGAUCCAGCUUUGGCGCCAGGGGGGGGUCAUAUAUCCAGCUUUGGCGCAAGGGGGGGGGGGGGUCAUAUAGUCGUGGUAUAUUAAAUAUUGAAAGUACUUAAAUAAAAUCCUCCUGGGUUUGGUCCAUCUGUACCCAGCCCAGGGGGGGUCAUGACCCCCACGACCCCCCCCCCCCCCCCC